UAAUCUGAAGUAAUGACGAAGAUAAGUCCUGAAUUUGAAGUGAAUUUCACAACAGGGGGGGUUCUUUCAGUUUCAGCUGAUGUCAGCUUCAUUUCUAAUGGUUUCCCGAAGUACAAAUUAGGACCUGAUAAUCAGAUACUGGACGAGCCGAAGGGUGGUAGCGAUGGUCCAUCCUUAAAAGAGGUAGUGGAAGAAGAAACCAACCAAUUGUCAGAGCAGCAUAAACGCCUUUCAGUUCGCGACCUUGCCAGUAAAUUUGAUAAGAACUUGGCUGCCGCUGCUAAAUUGUCUGAAGAGGCAAACAUUAGAGAAGUGGCUUCUUUGGAAGGACAUGUUCUUUUGAAGAAGCUUAGAGAUGCAUUGGAAUAUUUGAGAGGGCUUUUAGCAGGGAGAAACAAGGAGGAUGUGGAGGAAGCUAUUUCAAUGGUGGAAGCUUUAGCUGUAAAGUUGACUCAAAAGGAAGGAGAAUUGAUACAGGACAAGUUUGAAGUGAAAAAGCUAGCCAGCUUUCUCAAACAGACUUCUGAGGAUGCUAAAAAGCUGGUCAACCAAGAGAAAUCUUUUGCCUGUGCUGAAAUUGAAAGUGCAAGGGGAAUAGUCAAAAGAAUUGGAGAGGCUCUUGAAGAACGAAGCAGAGCUACAGAAGAUCCUAAAAAACAGGAUGUGGAGGAACUAGUUGAGGUGGUCCAGGAAGCUAGGAGAAUUAAAUUGAUGCAUCAGCCAAGCAAGGUCAUGGAUAUGGAACAUGAGCUUCGUGCAUUACGAACACAGAUUCGAGAAAAAUGCAUAGUCUCAGUGAAGCUUCAGAAAGAGCUGGCAGUGAGCAAGAGGGCAGAGGAAAACAAAGCUCGUGGAUGUGCUAUAGUUGGUUCUGAGACUCUAGGUUCGUAUCUGCAAAUCCAACCUUGCUCAGAAAAUGCUCCACAGCUUUCAAGCUGUUCAAUCCAGUGGUAUCGUGUUUCACCAGAUGGCAGCUUGAAUGAAGCUAUUUCAGGUGCCAAUAAAUUAGGUUAUGCUCCAGAGCCUUUGGAUGUUGGAAGAACCUUAGGUGCAGACAUUAUUUCCAGUGUUAAAAAAGUGACCGUUACGACUGCUGGCCCAAUUGAUCCUGCGGCAGGACUUGAAAGCUACAUAGACACACUUCUGCGAAAAUCUAACACGGAAUUUCAUGUUGUUAUUUCACAAAUGAAUGGCCGUGAUUUUCCAUCACGUUCUGUUCAUGUCUUUCAUGUGGGGAAGGUGAGGAUGAAGCUAUGCAGAGGAUGGAUUACAAAGUCUAGAGAAAUAUAUUCCUCAUCGAUGCAGCUAUGUGGCGCUAGAGGAGAUGUUGCUAAUGCGACCAAGGGAGUGUAUUGGCAACCAAGGAAGGGUCUUUCAUUUGUAUUAACUUUUGAGUCGGAGCAAGAUAGAAACGCAGCAAUACUCCUUGCCAGGAAAUAUGCUCUUGAUUGCAAUGCCUUGCUUGCUGGACCAGAUGAUAGAGUAUAGAGGGAAGGCCGACUGAGUUUGCAAAUGUGUGUACAAUCAGGAAUUAGAGGUUGAGUGUGUGUUGUGUGUAUGUGUGACUGCAUGUUUGUUUAUUCACGAAUCACUGUAUUGGGUGUCUACUAAUUCGGGUUGCAUCAUUUAGGCAGUGUUUUUGUUUGCCUAAUUAGCGUUGAGACGGUCUGAGUUGUAACAAGUUUCUUUCUCUAUUCUUUUGUUUGUUGGUAAGAGGUUUUAACAAGUUUUCAAUUCAUUAUUAAUUGGUUCUUUGUGGCUGAUUUGCUUA